UAUUGAAUUCAUUCAGUUUAAGAAAGUGUAAUGAAGCGAGUAACUUCAAUGUAAGCUUCUAUUCGACUCAAUGAUUUCGAUAGUAUUAGUGGAUUAUAAUAUUUUUAAAACAUCUGUUAUCUUAAAUUAAGAAAAAUACAUAACAUACACUUUUUUUUUAACCUCGAAUUUUCCAAUGCCAGGGUUUGACGUUAGUAAAUUUCAUCAACUCGGAAAAAAAAUUGUCGGAGCUGGUUUGAAUUACAAAUCUUUACUAAAAGAAAAGGGUUUUCCUGAGCCAAAGGAACCUGUUAUAUUUGUAAAACCGACGUCAACAUAUCUGUUAGAAGGAAGUCCAAUCAUCAUCCCUAAAGGCUACGAUGUGUUCAACGAGAUAGAACUGGGCGUGAUCAUCGGGCGGAAGGGCAAGGACAUCAGAGCGGAAGAGGCGACCCGCUACAUCGGAGGGUACUGCCUGGCCCUGGACCUGACGGCGAUGAACAUCCUCAACGAGCACCGCAAGGAAGGGCUGCCCUGGCUGGUCUCGAAGGGGUUCGACACGGCCACCCCGAUCAGCGCCCCCGUCCCCGCCGCCUGCCUGCCCGACCCCCCCGCCGCCCGCCUCUGGUGCUGCGUCGACGGCCGCCUCCGGCAGGACGACAGGAUCUGCGGCAUGAUCUUCUCCAUCCCGCGCCAGCUCGCUUUCAUGUCCAAGAACAUGACCCUCGAGCCCUACGACCUCAUCCUCACCGGCUCUCCCGCGGGGGUCGGUCCCAUCAAGCAGGGCAAUGUCAUCCAGGGAGGUCUGGAAGAUAUCCUCUCCAUCAACUUCAACGUGUGCUAGCUGCAGGUGGAGAAUUGAACCGUUAUCCAAAUUAAAUGUGUCAUCAUUAUCACUUUGUGUUUGUAGUUUUUGCAUCCUUUAUUGACGAAUUAACUAUUAAUACAAAAAUAAUUUGAAACUUUUUAACAAAAUAUAAAUGAGGUUUUAAGCCUGGCACCUGUAUAC